GUAAGAGUGCAGCUGGAGGAGGAGGAGGAGGAACAACAACAACAACAACAACAACAACAACAACAACAACAAUAGUAGUGGGCAUGUAUCAGGAAGGGAUUUCGUUCCAGGAAUGCCUCAUGGGAGCUGUUUGGAGAAUGAAGCUGGAGAGAGACUGAAGAGGAGGAGGAGGAGGGACGAACACUCAUAAUGGGGGAGGGUGCCUAAGGGGGCCAAGGGUGAGCGGCGGCUUAGUGAGAGGCAGAGAUCAAGGAGAGCGUUGAUGGCGCUGCGCUGAACGGGCGUGAGGGUGUGGGUGCGUGGGGGAGGAAAGGGGGGCGUCAGUCACCCUAGCACUUAGCAGUCUUGGGGAGGGAGUGACAGAAAGGGAUGAGGGAAUAGAAAUUACGAGUACACUGGAACUUCAAGUUUGAUCACCUUUGUUUUACCUGAUGGAUGACUACUAACUACUACCAUAGUCAUAACGACUACUACUACUACUACUACUACUACUACUACUACUACUACUACUACUACUACUACUACUACUACUUCUACUACUACUACUGCUAACAAAAUUGAUGCACGGAGGUUGUUCACUCCAACGAACUUACGGAGAGAAGAAGACAAAGAGGAGUUGAGGGAGUGUGACGGGUGUGUGACUGGGGGUGAUCGGAUGACGAGGAAAGGGGAAUGGGGGAGGCGAUGGGAAAACGGCCUCAAGUGUUACUAACGAAGGGAAAGUGUGAGUCGCAUUCCUUCGUACGUACGUUCUUUGGUUUAGAAGUGACGUGUGAUCUCCCCCACCUCUCUCUCUCUCUCUCUCUCUCUCUCUCUCUCUCUCUCUCUCUCUCUCUCUCUCUCUCUCUCUCUCUCUCUCUCUCAACUUAUUUUUAAUCUUGAUAGUACAAUUAAGUUAUUUAAAUAUGAUAGAUAUCUUAAAAACCCAUUAUUUAAAGUAAUAGACUUUAACAUUUUUACGUAUAUUUUCAAGAUUAAGGUUUUUACGGUACGCUUGAAUUGUUAUUUUUCUUAUUUAUUCUAUUUAUUUAUUCAUUAUUCAUUUUCUUUUUGUCAACGUCAAAAAACACUGCAUGUUCAGGUGGCGGUGACGGUGUCUGUAGAUGCUUGGAGGAAAUUCAUAGCGGAUGACAAGGUUAAUUACUCGUAUUGCGACAUCUUCCUGCCAAACACAUCUGUCCCACAAACACACACACACACACACACACACACACACACACACACACACACACACACACACACACACACACACACACACUUCAGCAGUCUAUGAAAAGUAUCCGUGGAAAGUUUUCCGGGAAGAAUGGCAUACGCCUCAACCAUCAGUUUUACUCUUGUUUUUACUUCUUAUGUUUUUAUUUACACGUCAUUUGUCUCAGUGGAGGCGCGCAGACGUGAGGGAUUUUUUUUGCCCGAAUUGCUCGGGGUGAAAGGGUGGAAGGCCAUAAGCAGGUACUAGGCAGGUAGGGACAGACAAGUCAAGACAAAUAAGUGGGUGAUAGGUCAGUGUUGAGGUGUAUGGAUGUGUGUGUGUGUGUGUGUGUGUGUGUGUGUGUGUGUGUGUGUCCUGACGCUCCUCUGGAUGGUUGGAUACCGACGCCCCCUCUCUAUCCACCCCUGGUUGCUGGUGAUUGGAUGGUGGUAAUGGUGGAAUAAAACAGUGGGACAGCUUCCACAAACAGGUCCUCGCAAAGCUUUGAUGCUCAGUAAUGUAGCGAUGCUGGAGGGGCAGCAUGGCGGCCCGCCCGCCCUCACCCUCCUCUUCCGAUGACCCGCCCUGCCCCGCCUCCACCACCUCGCCUUCACCCUCGCCCUCGCCUUCACCUUCGUGCUCAGAGCCUUCCUCCACCAGCAGCGGACUCUCCCCCUCGUCGGUGUUGCGAGGUCGAGUGUCCCCUGACGCGGGCAGCUUGGUGGCGGUCUCCACCCUCGAGGGGGAGGUAACCCCCGGGGAGGCCGAGCCUGACGAGGCCGCGACGAGUCUGGAGGCGCGGGCAGGCGUGGCCUCGCCGGGCUCUCCUGACCCUUGCUCCUCCGAGGUGAGCAGCUCCAGUCCGUCAGGCGGGGCCAGUCCGCCCUGGGCCCCGGACUCUUCCCAGAGCAGCACUUCCCUCCUGGAGUCCCGCCCUUCUUGGCCGCCCCCCAGACCCAGCCCUGCUACCCCUUCCUCCUCCAGCUGGGUGUCUCCUGGCGGCGAGGCCACAGUCUCCCGCUCCACAUGGCGCGCGGCCUCCCCGGCGGGCGCCACGUCCUCGCUGUCGCCGGAGUCCCUCUGGGGUGAUAUGGAGGGUGGUGACGUGACCUCCACGGGCCCGCCGGAGCUGCCGGAGCCAGCGCGGCCCUGCUCGGGGGACGUGCCCUCCACCACCUCCUCUUGGCUGCCCAACGGCCACCUCAGCUCCACGCAGGAGGGCGGGGCGUGGUGCCCGGCCAGCGAUGGUGCGUGGGGUGGCUGCGAUCCCUGGCUGCCGCCCCAGCCUGGACCUGCUGAGGCAGGGGU